CUGACUGUGGGGGGAGCCCGCGGGUCGUUCAAGACCAGCUUGAGCAACGAUUCAGCGAAACUUAGAUUUUUUAAAAAUUACUAAGAAAAAGCCUAGAGCUACCCCGAUAGCUAAUAUCAAUCAACUGAGCUGAUAACUCCAAGAGAUUACCUGAGACCUAUUAACAGAACCGCAACCCUACUAAGAGGACCUCGCUUAGGCUGGGGCGCUAUGAUGUCAUAAGGGGCUUCUCGGCCCUGGCCAGGUCUCUUGACUGUGAUUGGUUGAUUCGGAGAAGGGCUAUGAUGGAGAAGGGCGGGAGCAAAUUACAGAGACAAAGAAAGUCUUUGGGUGUGACAAUUAGAGAAGGGCGUGCGAAGAGGCUCCCAGGCUGUAGUCUCUAUAUAGUCUUGUUUUUACCUGCUCCAGCGCCAGGGAGCAGAGGCCGAGGAGGUCCAGUCCGACCCUGAGCCCCAGCGCCCCCCGCCCAUCGCGGUGGGGGCAGGGACAAGAGGCGGAGCUAUGUGGAGCCGGGAGGCUGGGCCGAGUAAUUGAAGUGGCUACCAAGUUGAGCCAUGGAGAAGCCCGAGUCUCUCGCGUCGGUUAGCGGCCUCACUGCGGAAUCCCCUCGGGAGGUUCCUAGGGCAGUACCUGGAGGUGGCCGAGGUAUACAAACAGACACCGGAAUGCCCUCCGGAGUAGCCUUGUUUCCUGGUUCUGGCCCCCUCUUGCAUUCCGGGGGCACUGUAAUUCGUAGUCCCGGUUCAAUCCAGCCCAAUGAAGGGGUAGUGACCCUCAGUUCCGGACCCAGUCUGCAUCUCGGGGAGGUUGCAGGUUAUAGUCUUGGGUCCAGCAAAUCCCCUGGCACUGAAACCGGUGCAACUAGGGCGUCCAUCCCUGGGCCGGGGGAGCCUAAGGUGUACCGCUCGGAGAAUAAUCCACACUCCGGGUCAGCUCUCUUGAACUCUCAAAGCUGUGAGGAGCGUCCCCGGAGCAUCCUAAAAAACAGCAGUUCCUUCAUGAUGAAGAAAACCUCCAGUACGGAGAAGAAAUCUCAGCGCUGGGAUGAGAUGAACAUCUUGGCUACCUACCACCCUGCUGACAAAGACUAUGGCUUUAUGAAGGUGGAUGAACCCAGCACCCCCUACCACAGGCUGCAGGACAAUGACGAGGACCUGUCUGCCGGGUCUUCUCUGAAGGUGACCCCUGAAGCACUGGCAGAGAGGUCCUCCAGUAUGGAGACAACAAAAGCUCAAGGACUGCAGAUAGCUUUGCCAAGACUUGUACGUGAGAUGUGGCCUCCACACUGGCCCACAGACUCCAGUGAUUUUGACAAGCACCGAAAGAUACACUACAGUGAAGGCAAAUUCCUGAAGGCCCCAAGAAACCUGCCCUCAGCCAAUGAGGACGAGAGCAGUGGGGCUAGUGCCAGUAUCAGCAGCAGUAAUCAAAGUGUGAUGAUGGACCUGAAGUCCAGGCCUGUGGACAAAGGCUGGGCAGGAAAACUGGCCACAGGAGUCAAAAAUGAGACUGUCCUGGUGACUGACAGCCGUGCCCUAGGCACCAAAGAUUCUGCCACUUCCAGAAACCAGUUCCCCUCAGCUUCAGACUCUACCGUGGGGGAGCAGACUAAUCUACAGCGCAAGGAGUAUUACAGUAAAGGAAGAUACCUGAGGUCCUGUUCCCGCCCAGAGCUCGGAGAGGAUAUAGAAGAUGAAGAACAGGACAGUUCUUCAGGCCUGAUAUGGGUUACUGAGAAUCCCAAAGACACUUCAGAUGAAAGCUUGUGGCUCCAGUGGACUCAGGACAAAGAGCCUAGACCAUGGAAAAUGUAG